UUAUGUCGCCGCCCUUGUGGCUGCUUUGAACUACUACAUCAGCAGAAAAACGUCUUACUGCUUCCGGGUCAUCGAACAGCAAUGGCGGCCACCAUGGAGGCUGCAGCCGGCAUGAACAAAAUGCUGCAAUUUAUGAAACUUAUCGGACAGCUCAAAAGGGUCCCGCGGACCGGCUGGGUUUACAGGAACGUGAUUAAACCCGAGAGCGUGUCGGACCACAUGUACCGCAUGGCCAUGAUGUCCCUGACCAUCACUGACCCCACAGUGGACAAGGACAGAUGUAUAAAGCUGGCUCUGGUUCACGACAUGGCAGAGUGCAUUGUGGGAGACAUCGCUCCAUCAGACAACGUCAGUAAAGCAGAGAAACACAGGAGAGAAGAGGAAGCCAUGACACAUCUGGCGGGUCUGCUGCCGGAGGGGCUCAAACAGGAGAUUUUCGGCCUGUGGGAGGAAUACGAGACCCAGAGCAGUCCGGAGGCCAGGCUGGUGAAACAGUUCGACCUCCUGGAGAUGAUCCUGCAGGCUCAUGAGUACGAGGAGCUGGAGGGAACGCCGGGACGACUGCAGGAGUUCUUUGACUCCACCAACGGUCGUUUCCACCACCCUGACGUGCUCCAGCUCCUCGGCUCUUUGAACGAAGAGAGAGGACGUCACACGACAAAAACAGACGAAACAAAGAAUUCUGGGAGCUCGCAGACGGCUGGCGCAGUGUCUUCACACAGCUCAUCCUGACUGCGAACGCCUCCUUAAGGGAUGGACAUUUAUACUGGACAGUACUGUAACAAGAGCAUGCGUGAGGAUGUGAAAAAAACAAAACACACAACAGGAUCAGGCACAUGAGCGAGAGUGGAAAACUGUAUUCUGGGACUUUUCAGCUCUCUUCAGUUUUGAGCCAUUUGCGACAGUCAGUGUUGUUAAAAGUACACAAAAGUCUGAAUCAAGAAAAAGUAAGCUUGUACUGUUGAGUUCACUGAUCAUUUUCUUGAUUACUGGAAUCCUUGUUUUACUUUUAGUUUCUCCCAAUAAUUUUGAAGACAAAGUUAUGUAUAAUCGUGUGUAUGAAUACAGACGAACAUGUUAGACACAAGGUUAUUUUAUUUGAAUGUCACACUUUAUGUCUUUGGGCUGUAAGUUCAUGGAGUUUGUAAAAAGGACUUUUAACUGGUGAAAACGUGAAAUAUACUGUUCAUAGUUUUCCAACGAGAGAACGUGAAUCUCCUCUGUUAUUUAGCUCAGAGCUGACGACCUUUUCUCGCUACAAAAGAUCUAUGACGUGAAUUUUUAAUAAAUAUGUUUCAGGGACGGACUGAACUAAACAGGAAACGAUCCGCAGGCGUCUUCUCAAAC